AUGUCUGCCGAGUUUCGAGCUCCUUCGAGCCUCCAGGCAUCGUUCGCAAACCCGCAACCUACGCCGUCUCACGGAAUUAAUGGAGCUCAUGCUGCAUCACCACCAUCCAAAGCUAGUCUGAAGACUUGGUGGAAAAAUAUAAGAGAUCCAACAAGUAAAAAUAGCACAGAUCAUCAGGGCGAACAUCCAGCGGGAAUAUUCGGGGUUCCAUUACGUCAAAGCAUCACUUAUGCUAAUGUAGCCAUUUCACUCGUAGAUUCUGAGGGGAAAAGCUACAUCUACGGCUAUGUCCCGAUUGUAGUCGCCAAAUGUGGUGUAUUUCUGAAGGAAAAAGCAACCAACGUUGAGGGUAUUUUUAGACUUAGCGGCUCAGAGAAGAGGAUAAAAGAACUACGACAUAUCUUUGAUUCGCCAGAUCGUUACGGAAAAGGAUUAGACUGGGCUGGCUAUACUGUACAUGAUGCGGCAAAUGUUUUGCGAAGAUACUUGAACCAGCUCCCUGAACCUAUUGUUCCUCUAGACCUAUAUGAUCGUUUUAGGGAACCACUCAAGGGCCACAUAAUGGAAUCAAGAUCUGAUUCAGAUGGACCCCAGCUUGACGAUACUUUCGACCUUGGUGCAGCAAUUUCAACUUACCAGAAUUUAAUAACCGAAAUGCCGCCACUCAACCGCCAACUGUUACUCUAUAUCCUAGAUCUUCUUGCCGUUUUCGCCUCAAAAUCUGAUAAAAACCGAAUGAAUGCACAAAACCUUUCAGCUAUUUUCCAGCCAGGGAUAAUCUCGCAUCCAACUCACGAUAUGGCUCCGCAAGAGUACCGGCUUAGUCAAGGCGUCUUGAUAUUUCUUAUUGAAAAUCAAGAUCAUUUUUUGAUUGGAAUGCGCGGCACUGCGUCAGAUGAGCUUACUGUUCAGGAAGUCCAAAAUGGGCCUCCUGCGCUUGAAUCAGCAAAUCUUCAAAAUGGUAUCAAGCCUAUCGAAUUCCGUCCAACCUCUAGCACAAGCACCAAAGCAGAUAGUAUAAAUAACAGUGAUGAGCUACAUCGGAAUCCCUCAACAUCUUCAUCUUCAGCAGCUUGA